AUGGACGCCUGCGGCUGCAGGUCCGGGAAGAGGCCGUCGCCCUCGCUGAGCUCCGACAUGGGCCUUGCCGUGCUAAACCCGUCGGCCAAUGAAUUUAUCCAAAUUGCUUUCGACUCCGAAGAAACAAAGUGGAUCAUGGCGGAUUCAAAAUCAAACACGUUUUCGAUAAAUGUUAGAGAGCACAUGUGCAUCGCACUCGCACUCUGGAUCUGGGGGUCAACAUGGACGUCGUUGGAUCCAGAUCGCACCGUAGUCGUGAAAUGCUGGAGUGACAACCGAGCCGCGGUGGCAUGGAGCAACUCGCUUGCGAGCACCAACGAGCUUAGCCAGGAAGUCAAUCGCGCGAUAGGUCUCGCCGAAGUAUUAUUCAACGUUCGAGUAAUUGCAUCGCAUCUACCAGGAUCGACGAACAUCGCCGCGGACGCGGCAUCUCGGGCAUGGGUUUCUCCCUUUUCGGAAAUUUGGACUAAUUUUUCUUCAUCAUGGAAACAGGAAGCUCUAUCAAACCUUCUCCAAGACCUUCAAUCCCAAUCACUGGCCCAGUCGUCCCGCGUUAAGUACGCAACAACUUGGCAUCAAUGGCAGGAGUGGUGCAACAUGCUCGGGUUCUCCAUUUGGUUGCUACCUCAAACAGAGUUGCACUCGUAUCAACUUGUACUCUUCGGCGUGCACUGCUGGAAAUUCGGGUGGAAUUACGAGAACAAAGGAAACGCUACCUCUACCGUCGUCUCCAAAAUCAGCCACAUUUCGUGGCAUCAUCGUCGCGUGCUCGGGUACUCAGUUGGGCUCUCGGACAGACACAAACUCGCGCUCAACGGAAUGCGCCGCCAGGACGCCAAAUCAUCAAGAAAGUCUCCGGUCACAGUCGCUCUAUUACGAAUCAUGCACAAGUCCCUUGACUUCAGCCAACCCCGCCACCGCGUUAUCGGGGGGGGCUGUGGUCUUGGGGGUUUUCCUUCUACUCCGCCGUUCCGAAUAUCUAGCUGUCGGGAAAAAGGUUUACGAGUUCAUCCUGACUCGCGCAGACAUCUCGUUCACCGACAAGAAUGGCCUGUAGCACAUUUGACAAGAUCACGGAAGUUGCUGUUAGAUUUCGGGGUGGGAAGAACGACCAAUACAAGCAAGGCACCACCCGGUCAAUAG